CGCCAAUCAAAUUUGAAUGAAGGCAAUGUUGUUGUUUGCGCCCCACACCCACACCCACACGACACACACCCCUUUCUCUCCACUCCCAUCAACAACAACAGCAACCGUCACAAGUACACACAGGUGCACACGCACACACAGGUGCACACACAUAACCACACACACACACACACAUAACCACACACAUACAAAUACACAUACACAUACACAUACACAUACACGCAGGUGCAUACCACUACGUUAGAACGCAAGCGAUGGCUGGGCGGCGUGGUCGUCGAAGCCAAGUUGGCUCCACGAGCGACCUGUCAAUGGAAGAACAGCUCGCCUUGCCCAUUGAUCUCAACAAGCGGCGCUCCUUUCAGUACGUACCUGCAAAAGUGAGCAGCAAGAGCAAGUCACGCGUCUCGCCCGUUGUGGCACCAGCAACAUCAUGGCACAGCCCGUCAACCACACGCAGUCCAGACGCUUCCCACCCCAGCAGCAAGUCUGUCAAGCACGCAGCAUCUGCGUCGUCAUUUUUCCUGCGUCGUCGUCACCCAAAGGGAGGCGACAGCUCAUCCCCAAAGCCGCGCUCCAGCAAGCGACGGUCAAAGGCACACAGCACCAGCAGCAACGGCAGCCGCUUCUCGCCUCACCGGCGAUCCAAGAAGCAGCACGCGCGCAGCCCCAAGCACCUCAGCGCCAGCCACAUAUGGGAGGAUCCGUUUGGCGACUAUGGCGACGAAAGCGACGAGGACGACGAAGAUGACGACUUUGAUGACGACGACACCGACUACUACGACGAGAGCGACCGCUCUGGUCGCGCCAGCGCACUGAGCACGAGCAGACCGCGCAGCGCCAACGAUUUCAGCCGCCAGCAGCAGCAGCCACGAGCACGGCGGCGGCGCAGGCGGUACCGCAACUGGUCGUACAGCCGCAAGCUGCAGAUGUGGCGGGAGAGCGGCACAUCGACAUUCUCCGCGCGACACCACGUGCGGUUUCCGCACCGGCUGGAGGUACCGAGUACCCGGCUCACGCCCCUGGCCGUUUCCCUGCUCGAGCGCAGCAUCUUCGCGCACGGCAACCACCCCAUCAUUGAGACCAUGCCUGUAUAUCCGCUGCCGCCCGUGGCGCUGGACCGGGAGGGUGUGGCGUGGAAUGAAACGUCGCCACCGACCAUGUCGCCAUCGUCGUCGGGGAUGGUCGGGUGGGUGACUGCCAUGAGCAGCUCGUCGGCAGCAGGGCGAGGACAGGAGCAGCUGGUGCAGUCCAUCACAUUCAAGCAGAUGGAGGCACCAGCGAGGAGUGAUGGGGGUGAUGGUGGUGGUGGUGGUGGUGAUGGUCGAGUGGCUGUGAAUGGACACGGCAGCGGUGGCAGCGGUGGCGGUGUUGUUGCUGCAGAGUUGGCCGAAACAGCAACAGAUGGCGAUGAGGAUGGUGCGAGCAGUGAUGGCGACACGUUCAAUGUUGUGAGUGGUGGUGGUGGGAGGAACAGCGUCCACCCAGCAGCAGCAACGUCGACAACAACAGCAUCAACAACGGUAUCGGCGACAUCAACGACAGCGACAAGAGGAGCAACGCCAUCGUCACCACCACCUCGACCACGGUCUGCCUGGGCUGAGUCCGCGUCACCGCACCAACCGCGCAAGACAAGCGGUGGCCGCGAUGGCAGCGGUGGUGGUGGUGGUGGUGGUGGUGGUGGUGAUGGUGGGGGGCAGCGCAGUGCACAGGCAGCGUUUGGCGAGCUGGAGAUGACGCAGGGCCACAAUGUGGAGGCGGACACGUCUGUGUUUGUGGUUGAUCGCCCGCUCUCUGUUCUCGACAGGCUGCGCAUGCUGCCCUCGCACAUGCCCAUGCAGGUUGAAAAUGAGCGGCCGCGCGACGUGCCCGCUGUUGAGGAUGGCAUGACAUUCUUCCGCCUCUCUGCCCUCCAAUACGUUUUCGGCGACCGCGCAGCCGACCCAGGCCAGCGGGACGACACGGACUUUGAGUUUGAUGCUGACGCCGUUGCUGCCGUCUAUGACGAGGACCUGCGAUCCACCACGAAACCAAUCGGACACCACAUGCUCGAGAGCGUCACAGAGGACGUCGAGGUCGACAUUGACAAGGACGAGGCACCAACAGCGUCAACUACAGCAGCACCGGCCGCUGUUCUCCUUCGGCGUCGCUCCACGCGCGCGUCGGCGGAGGCGUUUGGAUUCGCAUCGCGGCCGGCCUCCAUAUCCGCCGACGACCGCCGCCGCUCCGUCGCAUCCGUCUACGGAUUUGAAUUUGGCGGCGGCGAGUCAACAGACGUGGAUGUGCCUGGACAGGUUCGCCAGCGCGGCAACUCCAUCUCCAUCGCCGGUCUUGGAAGUACGGCUGAAACCGACGACCACCAUCCACAGCAGCAGCAACAGCAGCCGAUGGCGACAACACAAGAAGAGGAGGCGCCGCUGUCUCCGCUGAGCGAUCGCAGCGAUUCCGCAUUUGGUUUUGGAUUCGAUGAACUCAUUGAUGACCUCUUCUUCAAGUCCUCUGAUGAGUCAUCCCCCGCCUCCGCCCGCGCCGCCCUUCGCAAACAUCCGCGAUCUGUGCGUCUGUCGCGCCGAUUGAGCGCCGGCGACACUUCAGGCGAUGACACACCGGCAACGUCCCCGCACAGGAAUACAAGCACACAUGCUGGUCAUGACAGUGGUCGUGGUGGUGAUGGUCGUGGUGAUGGUGGUGAUAGUGAUGGUGGUCGUGGUAAUGGUGAUGGUGAUGGUGAUGGUGACCGUGGUCGUGGUGGUGGUGGUGGUGGUGGUGGUGGUGUGCGUGGACGGUGGCACAGUGUUGAAGAUGAGACGACGGAUGACGAUGAGGGCGAUGGCGGGCGUGGAUAUAUGUCCGUUCUCCCAGAGGCGGAGGGCGCAGACACUGACCACGAUGAUGAUGAUGGUGGUGAUGGUGGUGAUGGUGGUGAUGGUGAUGAUGGCGGUGAAGCGAAGAGACGAGACACGGAUGCGAUUCUCGGGUAUGGAUUCACAACAGCAGCGGCAGCAAAGACGACGACGACGACGAUGAUGGGUGGCGUUGCCGUGAAGACUGUGGAGGAGGAAGUGCAAGACGCAGGAGAAGCAAACGCAUCCACCGCACAUGAGAAAGUGAGCCGUGCUGGGAACCUGUUGCUACCGGCCGGUGAUGGUGAUAGCAAUGGUGGUGAUGGUGAUGGCGGUGGUGUGCGUGGCAAGACGCGUGGUGGCAGCAUCAUGCGUGUUGUGCGGAACACGAAUCACGCGGAGGAAUUGGCCCGGAUCAACGCGCAUACAGACACGGCAGCCACCAACGAACCGCUCACAAAGGAGCAGGAGCAGAAGAUGGCUGACACGGUCGAGAGCUUGGGCGACGCGGACGACCAAUAUGAACAGCUACACUACCUGAAAGAGCUGACAUCUCUUCUGCAAGAAGAUUCUCGUCUGCUGCAGGAGUGCAUUGACUGUGGGGGUGUUGUUGUCCUGAACGACCUCGCAAAGAACGAGGCGUUUGUCGCUGUGCAGAUUGCUGCUGUUGAUGUGAUGACGAUUCUUGCGCAACAGCACGCGUCCUGUCUCGAGCUCUCUGACGCAGGCUGCGUGUCGACAUUGAAGUAUCUGCUUGAGGCGUAUUCUGUCGCCGAAUCUGCAGCGCGUGCCCUCGUUGCCAUCGCCAGGCACACAAUCGACAUUGUGGUGCUAACGGGCGUACUGCCGAAACUGGUGGCACCAAUGCCACGGUUCGACGUGCAACUCAUUGGGGAUGUUGUGUCGCUGCUGUACGCGUGCCGUCGCAACCACGCAGCCGCACUCGCCCGCGCACACGCCGUUGACCCCCUCCUCACGGCACUGCCAGCCCUGACAGCCGCUGGCGACGAAGAGUCCGUGUUGAUGGCGCUGCAGGUCAUCGCCGCCAUCAAAGCCCGCACGCCUGCUGUUGUUGCGCCGUUGCUGAAACUGCCACUCGCUGACAAGGCGCUUGCCCCUCUCAAGACACACACCAAUCUUCGCAUCAGGGACGCAGUGUCAUCUCUGUUGGCAUAACCACAGCUGCUACAUUACAAUGACCUGUUUUGGUUUGUUGGGCUCUAUACAUACAUGCGCAAUUACACGCAAACCCACAACACAUCUUUGAUUCCAUUCUCCACUGUUUAGUUUUUUGCUUGGCUGUUCGCCUGAUACACGAACAAAUGUGCA